UUGGAAUUUGAGGAUGUGAAGUCAGACCAGAAAAAUGGAUACAUUUUCGGUUAGUUGGAAGUUUAAGAUAUGAUUAGAGAAAACUUUUUCAUUUUUUCAGAACCAUCGUGGUCGUCUUCAAAUCUUUCUGUGACGAAGGUUAAACCUGGAAUUGUGGGAAAGUCGAUUUUUAUCUGUGAAAGGUUAAUUUUUUUGGGGUGGGUGGCUGGGUUUCAUCGCAACUUGAUCCAAAUUUCUCACGUGCCUUCUUGUGAAAAAUCUUUUUUUUUCAGUUCUCGAUUUCCGCCUCAAUUUCUUCCUUAUCUCAUGCUCAACAACUUUAAUUAUGACAACGUGUGCUAUUCUCCACGUAGCGUUUUUUUUCAAUUUUGA